GUUUGUACAAUGGACUGCUGUGCAAGUCAGCAAACUGCCAGCAUUUACAGACUAGCAGACAAGUCGUUCAAAGUUACAUUCAACGUGGAUUCUCGGUAAAGCGUUGCAGAGUUACACAACGGAAAACAAAAAAACAAACGGAAUGGAGCCAUCGAAAAAGCCGUACGAAGGACUGAAGUGCGAAAAUUGUUGCUACUGGUUUAGUAAAAUGUAUCUAUUUAAACAACACUACCGUAGAUGCCACAGCGAUCUUGGGGAGCUGAUCGAUCUACCGCCAUUGCCGUGCCUGGAAGAAACGGUAGCAUACAACAACCUGGAAGAUGAGCUAUGGUUCGCGACACUGCACAUUACCCCAGAGCAGUCGAUACUGAUGCGCAUAUUCGAAGCCGAGUCCCAUGCCACAAUGCGCAUUGCAAACAAGGACGAUAUACGGGAGCAAAUGCGCCGGGUAUCCAUAAAGCAGGCGGAGGAAAAGCUGCCGACCCUCCCGGUGCUGUACGACAUUUACACCGAAAUCAGUGCGGGAGGUACGCAAAGCUUUUAUGCGGUGCCCAAGCUCAAAGCGCAGCCGGAAUUCCCUUGUGACACACGUCCGACAGCAUGCGCUGAGUGCGCCGAAAACUGGAACCCAGAACUGCCUGGUUCGCUCGAGUAUCUGUUUGAUGAGAUUGUACUAUUUAACCACGGUCUGUCCAAUCCCAUGACCGACUGUUUGGAAGCAAUUGUAGAAGACCUGUAACGGUUUGUAAGCUUACCGAUUUCUUAAUAACCGCUCAAGACGGGUUCGGUUCGGAGUUGGCUUCUCUAGUCGUAACUGCAUUACCAUCAUUUCUGAAGUUUGUAUUUUUUUUGACUCCAUAUUCCGCCUAAAAGCAACAUUUUGUUCAUCCCGCAUCACUCAAAAACGUACAUCUGUUUACAGAUAAAUCUAUUCCCAUCCUUUAUAAUGUGCUGUGUAGGAGUGCGUUUGUCGAAAUAGCAAAGAUCAACACGGCGUGGUGCCAAUGCCUCUAGGAAUUGAAACCACACAGCAUAAUCGACACUCCUUCCCUGCAUUGUCGCUUUGGGAGGAUGGGUGAAAAACAUCAUUUUUGUCCAAUGCGCCCAUACAUUUCCUAUGCUUUUUAUGUAGCUUACUCUGCUUUA